UUGACUAGAGAACGGCAGUAGAGUGGUCUUCUCUUCAAAUAUAUUCUCUUUAACACUUGUAAAGUUAGUUACGCAAUUACCUCACGAAGGUGUUUCGACCACUAGUGAUUUUGGAGUAAAAUUGUGUAGGAACUGUUUUACAUUUGACGUUGAUAACGAUGUAUUUUACAUAGACAAAUCUGUAGCCACAAAGUGUUCAAUCAAACGUUCAAAGUGUUAAUGAAUUAAAUCAAUUGAUAACAGAAAAAAAGAAUAGGUCACAAAUGUAAUUGAAUAGUUUAAAUAAACGACUCAAAACACAUAUCUAUCAAUGAUUAAUAAGGCAGUUGCCAAUUUAACAAUUAUUGAAAAAUUUACAGGAAGUCAAGGAUGAAUUAGAUUAAUGAAAAUAAACAAAAACCAAUGUUUCUACAAAUGAAUUACAUGCCUUUAUACGGUAUCCAUUGUCUGGAUACCAGGAGGUUAUUAGAACUCAACCAGUACCAAUACUUGAUGGAAAAACGUCGGCAAUUGUUCCCGGAUGAUCGGUUCGAGCCGCUCCGGCGUCUUGGGAAUGAUGACAAAGAGUCCGCCCACGGGGACAAGCGUCUAACCUCGUUCCGCAUCAGUGAUAUCUUGUCGUCUGCUUCUGAAGAAAGUGUAGAACCUGGUUCGAGCAAAAAAAGCGAUGAAAGAUCUCAAAGAAAAAGGAAAAGUUUGGACUCAGGAGUGCUUCCACAUAGUGUGAAUAACAAACAAAGGAAAGUAUCGACGGGUGCAUCAAGACCGGAUUCGUUUGAAAGGGACUCGGAUGAAACCAGUCAGGAAAGCGUUGUUCGGCCUUGGAAUAUAUCAUCUAGACUUUCAUCUUCACAUACUAAUAUAAAUUUGGCAGAGCGUCGAUCUUCUGCGGACAAUGACUUCUCGCUACACAUCUCGCCAAAAUAUUCAACACAAUACCUGUCUCCUUCAAAAUCGUUCUCAGCAACUUCUUCGACGUCACCGACGAACGGAUUUAGUAUAAAUUCUGCAGCGUCGGAUUCUUUAAAAACUUCAGCCGAACAUGCAAGAGACAUAUUUCUAAGAUUCUGUGCACAACAGGGUCAAACAUAUGACAUUGAAUCUGAAUCAGACGAGGAGAUUGACGUAGAGGGCUGUGAUGACGUAGAAAAUGAGGUUACGUUGUCUAAAAAAGAACGCGGCGAUGUUUCACCACUUGACGCUCUGGUUGCUAUGUCCAGCAAAGCAUUUGUUGGACUGGAAAGUUUCGAGGAGCGGCAAAAACGUGAGCACGAAGAACAGAAUAAAAACCAACUACCAAAGAAGAAACGAAAAACAAGGACUGCAUUUACAAACCAACAGAUAUAUGAACUUGAAAAACGUUUCGUGUUACAGAAAUACCUCACACCAUCCGACAGAGACGAGAUAGCGGGAAAGUUAGGCCUCACGUGCGCCCAGGUGAUCACGUGGUUUCAGAAUCGACGGGCCAAAUUCAAGAGGGAUAUUGAGGAGUUGAAACAAGACGUUGUGGCAACUAGCCCGCCUAGAACUCGAACCGACUCCUGACCACAUAUGCCAUAGUUUAUUCUGACGGAAUGUCAUAGUUGCUGCAUUCAUAUCACCAUCCCGUCUAGACCUUGGGUCAAUUCAUGAUCAAUUCGAAAAUAGAAGAUGUGCCAUGCCCUGACCACAUGUCAUUGUUUUGGUGUUCGCAAAACGGCUGCGGGCGGCUGGAUUUAAGUCCUGAUCAUUGAGUAGAGUUUGGUGCAGAAUAAUGUGGCAACAUACCCGAAUUGGUUACAAGUCCUGACCCAAUCCUCCGUUAGCUCUAUGAAGGAUUACCAUGUUCUAAGUCGUUUGCAUAUGCAUUAUUUAUCACUUCUUGUCAUUGUCCAUGUCUUGGUAAGCAAACAGGGUAUUCGGGACAUUUUUUUCCAACCAUCAACUAGGAAAAGAGAAUCCAGCAUUACCUCGAAGCAACAAUGAAAUGCUAACUACAUUGGAUUCAAAUAAGUCCAUCAUUGCUAAAGACUGUGCUUACUGCACUGUUAACAAUUAGCAGGGUUAAUUUGUGCGCCCUGGUGCUAUCCCAAAGACAACAUAUCAUAAUUAACUAUUAUUUUACCAUUAGGUGAACCUGGAAUGAUAUUGGUAUAGUAGUACACCGAAAUUACCGACGGUGACACGUUGUAACCAAAUGUAUGUUCAACGGUCGGAAACUUUGAAUUUAUCUAUCAUGAAUUAACCAAACACACACUCGAAAGGAAAUAAGUAAACGAAAUAAGUAUGCUUAAUUCUUAAAAAUCAAAUCUUGUUCCAAAGUCAUGAAUACUUCAUUGAUAAUUGAUUUAUGUAAUUAUAAAACAUUGCCGUUUUUACUGAUUUUUUGUGUAUGUAGAUAAAAUAAAUGAUGGGCUUAUUAAGGCAUUUUGACAAAAGAACAAUUGAUUUGUUUACAAUAUUUCAUAUGUUAUUUUUAUUUCUUGUCAGUAUAAUGUAUUCUUGCCGUGUGUUAUGUAAGUUAGAUAUGAAUAAAACGCAAAAGAAUUGUUCCGGUUUAACCAGUUUUUAUUUAAGAUAUUAAAAUAAUACAUCAAUCAUGACCAUUGAAAUAGCUAUAUAACGAAAUUCAAUUAUUAUAAAGAUCACGUUUUUCUGACGAGCACAAUGCUAUCUGCCAUCCUAAUUUUACUCUUGACAACCACAUUCGUAACAUCGAAUGCCAGUAGAUAACCUUCAAUUAUUUAUCUAAUAGUGAUGUUUUGAAAAUAAAUAUUUAAAAUAACAAAGUAGAGGUAAAAUAUCUGAUAUGUAAAUGAAGUGAUAUUACCGAACACGGAAACUAUUGGACAAAAGUAUAAGAGGUUGUCCGGUUAGCGCAGUGGUUAGCGCACUCGCUUCUCACCAAAGCGACCCGGGUUCGAUUCCCGGCCUGGCCGCAUGUGAGUUUGGUUAGUGGUCACCAAGCCGGACAAGUGGGUUUUCUCCGGGGUCUCCGGUUUCCCCCACAACACAAGACCACACUCUCGCGCAACAUCGUGCCAACGAGAGUGAUUAAUAUAAGUUGUUAUAGCUUGUUUCACAAUCGUUGUAAAAUUAAAUAAAGUUUAAAUUAAAAGUAUAAGAAUAAACAGCGGUGAAACCAUGCAUAACCUGAUUUUUUUUGGUGCGGUAUGCCUUAAGUUAAACCAUCGAAAAUUUCAUCAUCAGCAUAAUUUAGUGGUAGUAUUGAUUGCAAGGCUAAACAUGUAUCUUUACCUACAUAUGUGUUUGUGUUUAAGUGUUGAGCAAAUUUCAUAAAUGACUGUUUGUUCGUACCGUAUCCCAGGGAUUUUGAUGAACAUAUCCGUUUGCAUUCACACGAAAACGAC